AAGGAAAAAAAAGGAUGCGUGAUCGACGAUCACGUGACAGUACUGCAUGCCGAUAGACAGUAAACACGUGUAAACGAGAAGUGUUUAGAUUACGCUUGCAAUGUUUUAAUAUCGUUACUUACCGUUACAUUGUACAGUGGUGGUUAACCUGAUCUUCACCAGUUGUCAGGAUAUUGACGUAACAUAUUUUAGAUUUGCCUAAUCUCUAAUUUUCCAAGUAGGAUAUCGUGACGUUUCCGUUCCUCAAGACUUUACGUAACGUGUGUAUUAUAUUUCUUCCUCACAUUGUUACUGUAGCAGCAUUAGUUUGGUAAGAUAACAACUGAUGAUGUUGCGUAAUGUUUGCUGCGCCUAUAAGUUAAUAAAUCUCUAUUUUUUUACAGUACGUAGGCAGUCCCGUGUGCUGCAACAUAAGGUCACGCCUUGUGAAUCCUGUAGCUUAGUGCUUGAGAUUUUUACUUGUGUUAUUUGCUGGAAGGGAAUGGCCUGUUAUGUUAUAGCUUAGACCCCCUGUAAGUGGUUGACGACAGCUGGGCAAUAGUCAAGUGUAAAAAUUGCUUAAGCUGUAUAAAAUUUAAUGAAAUAAACAUGACGUCCCUUGAACAUCAACCCUUUCCCUCCCCUUGUGGGACUUGUAAAUAACCGGACGUCAUUUAUCGACAGCCCCUAGAAAUAAAGUAUGUAAUAUGUACUGUACUGUACAUACAGUACAUACCAAUUAUUACGUAAAAUGUAAGCACUAUAAGUAAUAAACUGUAAACUGGAAGACAUUUUAAUGCUGGAUUUUGAACUUUUAAGUCAAUUUUUGGGAGAUAUGUAAGGAAUUGUAUUUUAUUUGUAAUAGGAUAUUUGUAUCAAUACUACUAACCAAAUAUAUAAAUAAAUUUAUAUUAAUAAUUAGUUUAUCUUUAUAAAAAGAAUAACUUGAAAUCUGAAUCUUACGAAAGUCUAUAUACAUAGCUUAAAGUUAAUAUCUUAGUAAGGCUAGAUAAGAAUUACCUAAGAUACUAACUAUAGGUAAUUACUAAAAUCAUCACUAAACACCUUUGGCUGCUGAGACGCAUUUAUUUGCUAUACACUUACAUUUUCAGCCUAAUAUAUAGACCAUCCUCAGGUGACAUUUUUGGAAUAUCAAUUACAAACUGUAUCAGACUAGAAUACAGUAAAUAUAGAAUAUUAUUCUAUAUCCCAAAUUUCACUGAAGUUCCAAAAAAAGGCACUUUAGUCUAGCCUAUAGCAAAUAAAUGUCUAAGCAGCCUCAGUAGAAUAAUUACUAAAAGGUGUUUAGUGAUAAUUUUAGUAAUUAUUUUGCUGAUCAUGGUUUCGACUUCUAAUUAUGGAUAUUUAUACAGAAUGAAAGUGAAAAAUCUUCCCUUAUUUACAAAAUUUCUUGGAAAUUAGCAUGAAUUGAGCUAGCUUUAUGUAUUGUUGUGUAUAUCUGUAUAUAAUGGAUCUAUCUGCUUUCUACUUCUUCUUCUAAUUUAAUAUUAGUAGAAAUGAAUUAUUAAUACAGAGUAGCCAACUUUAACUUAAUAUGAACUCGGUUCAUGGUAAGUUAAAGUAGUUCAUGGUAACUGUAUUCAUGGUACUGUACCAUGGACUAGUACAGGUCAGCCUACUUUGGCCUACUUAAGUUAUCAUAAACUUGGUUGUGCAUCGAUAUUAUGACUUAAAAUACUUUAUUUGGACAGGUAAAUCAUAAAAUGAAGUGUGCAGUUUGGUUCCUCAUCCUUAUUUACGAAGUGCAUUCAUCACAAUUCUUUAAUAUCUCCUGUAAUGUCAAUUCAUCCUACGACAUAGACAUCACAGUAAGUUAUUUAACAAAUAGUAUUGUUAUCGUAUGCAACAACAACACUCUUCAUACAAAAAGUGUGGAAAAUUGUGUGAAAAACAGAAGAUUUAUUUCCGUUCUCAUCGUCCAUUGCUUCGUGCCGAAUGACAUCAUUGACUCAACCAUAUUGUACUAUGCCGAGGGUAUAUCUAUGUCGGAUGUAUACACGGAUGAUAAAUUCGUGUUCGCUAAUCUCGUCGCGAAUACUUUAAUGUUAAAAAUUCAUAAUGUUAGAGAAAUCGUGUUUGACAAUAUGCCAUUUUUGAGAUCGCUUAUCGUGAGAAAUCCUGAAUGGCAAAUUUCCAAUUCUACUUUUCGAAAUGUUCCUAAUUUAGUUACGUUUUGGAAUUCUGGUAACCGAGUAAACAUCAUAGAGGAUAGUAUAUUUAAUUUAAUUCCGAAUUUAGAAAUCCUCCUCCUUGUUAAUGGUAGCUUCAAUGCGGAUAGGUUGGAAAUAUUUUCAGGAUCUAAUAAAUUAAAGAUCUUAAACAUAUUUGGAAAUGGUUUGACAUCGCUUCCAACGGAUAUUUUUGCAAACUUACAUUCAUUAAAAAAACUUUUCCUACACAGAAAUUCUUUGACUGAUCUCUCACCUAAGUUAUUAGGCCAUAACAGAUUAUUGGAAAUUUUUGAAGUAUCAGAAAAUCCGUUGCAACAGUUACCUGAAGAAUUAUUCCAGAAUUGCUCGAGAUUACUUAGUUUUUCAGCAUCUAGUUGCAAAUUAUCUUCAAUACCAGAGAAGUUGUUUUCCAAUUGUCCUUUGCUGAUGAAUGUCAGUCUGGAUGACAACUUUUUAACCGCUAUUCAUCCAGAAACGUUUGUUAAAACCAUACUUCUUCAAUUACAACUAAGUGGAAACUUGCUGACUUCACUUCCUACUGGUCUGUUUUAUCCAGACAAUCUUCUCACUCAUCUAAAUCUCUCAAGGAAUUCGUUCACUCAAAUUCCUUCCAGUUCUUUUGAGAAAAUAUUCUCAAUGAAAGUAUUGGAUCUUCGUUCGAAUAAUAUAGAGACAAUUGAAGAGAAAGAUUUUGCAUUUCUAGUUAAUCUAGAGAAGCUCGAUCUUAGCCAUAACAAACUUCGUAAAUUUGGUACAUUUGGUAUAUUCAGAUAUCUGAAUUAUAUUAAUUUAUCUUUUAAUAAUAUCGAGGAAUUCCCUAAACUUUUUUGGGAACCUUUCAAUGUUGCUGUAAUUGAUUUAAGCUAUAACAACAUAACUCAUCUUUCAUCAAGCGAUCUACCUUCGUCGGGAUUUAUAAAUUUGCAACAUAAUCAGAUUGCUUACGUUACUAUUAAUAAAAAUAUUUCUCCGAAUGUGUCACUCCAGCUAAAUUUCAACGUUUUUUCGUGCCAAUGUUCUCUUAGGGAUUUCGUUAAAAAUAUUCAAAGUCGUAGAAUCAGUAUAGUUGAGGCUGAUCAUCUGACAUGUCACGACACUAUGAAAGAUAGAAAACUAGUGAAUAUCAAUCUGUUGCACAUCUGUCCCUAUUAUGAACGUUGUCCACAAAGUUGUUUUUGUUAUCUACAUGAAGAUAAUACAGUUUUAGUUAAUUGUACUUCAGCAAAUUUACGCACUUUUCCAGUCAUUUUGCCACCCAAAACUUCAGUGGUACACAUGACAAAUAAUUCGAUUUCAGAUUUUCAAAUUCCACAAACAGCAGAAUGGCAAAACAUCACAUAUUUGAAUUUAGAUAAUAAUAAUCUGAAUCCCUGGACGAAUUGGAUAAUACCUUUUGGAUUAGAAAAGCUUUCACUUAGAUAUAACAAACUCGAGUUUAUACCAGAGUCGUUAUUGAGACACGUAACGGCUGCAACCAUCUUCAAAUUAGAUAUACGGAACAACAGUUUCACUUGUAAUUGUUCAUUUCGUUCCUUCAAAUACUGGUUUACUGAUAAUAUAAAGAAGAUCGCAAAGUCUAAAGACGUUCUGUGUAGCAGAAUUAUAAAUAAUAAUAAUACUAAAGUUUUAUCGGUGCUUCAGGAUGUUCCCGUUGAUGCAUUUUGUCCACAAGAAGAUGAAUCGAAGAUGAAAGUUGCUAUCAUUGCAACAACACUUUCUUUCAUCUGUCUAGUUAUAAUUUCGAGUACAGUGUUGUAUUACCGUCAUAAGAAACUAAUAUUAGCAUUCCUAUAUUCGCGUUAUCCCUCAAUAUUUCGUUUCACUGUAUCGAGUAUAGAUGAAGACAAAGAGUACGAUGCAUUUAUUUCGUAUUCGAAUCAUGAUCGCGACUGUGUCUUCUCUCUUAUUUCCGAAUUGGAGGACAAAUAUCCAUUUUUCAAAUUGUGUAUUCACGAAAGGGAUUGGCUUCCCGGUUAUCCUAUCCUCUGCCAGAUUGAAAAUUCGGUCAAAAAUAGCAAGAAAACUAUUUUAAUAAUGUCAGAGGAGUUUCUUAAAAGUUUCUGGUUUGAAACAGAAUUGCAAAUGGCUUAUUUGCAAUCUUUAGAGGAUAGAAUUGAACGAAUUAUCAUUAUUAUUAAAGGAAAUUUGCCACCGAUCGACACGCUUCCAUUAGAUAUUCAAACUUUACUAAAAACCAAAACAUAUUUAAUAUGGGGAGAACGGUGGUUCUGGGAGAAAUUGAGAUACGCAUUACCUCAUUAUCUUCCAACUAAUAUGAGUGAUUCUUCGAGGAAAAUGGUAAAAUCUGUUGACGGGAUGAUCAAUACAUUUGUUUUAUCCAAAACCGAACAAUGAAAUUGUAUACUGUAUUUAACUUUUGACUCUUUUUUUCACAUGAGCACUAAGAGGACACUUCUUCCAAAUCAAUCGCGGUUAGGCCAAGCCCAGAAUGGGACAACUGAAUGACGAAAUAUGGACUUUACACUCAUAAAAAAUUUUUGGGAGUCAUAAAAAAUUCGAUCUAUUGGAUUCCGUAUUCCCGAAUCUCACUUGACAGAAGCGGUAAAAAUAUGGACUAUUUAAAAAUUAAUAAUUUUUAUUAGAAAAAACUUUCUUUUUAAGCAAGUCCGUUAUGAAUUCGGUCAUGCCGACAAAGGUGUGAUUAGGUGGUGACAUUAUUUGAAAAUCGAAUUCGUUAAUUUUCUAUGGUUUUAAAAAUUCGUAGAAGAUGACUGAACUCAAUUUUCAAAAUUCUGAACCGUACGUUAAUAGAAGACUCAAAGGGGAUUCUAACGAAAAAACACUGUUCGGUAUUAUCUACUUCCAUUUUUGAGAGUUUUUGGAAAGUAAUUUUUCCAAAGAAAAAGCAUUAACUUUUCAAUGCCAUCUGCUGGAGAUGGCAUUCACAACUAAAGAAGUUACAAUCAACUUUUCUGCAAUCAACCUACCACUCUGCUGAACUCGGGAUUGAAUCUAGUCGGUCGAAAAAGUCCAGGAAUUUUUGGGAGAUAGUCUGUCCCGGAUAUGUCGAGCGAACCUUACAUCGCUACCCAUGGGCUUUCAUUGUAGUCUUGGGCGCAUCC